AUGCUUAAAUUUUUACUUGACAUAGACCAAGCAAAGAAGAAAAUUUUGGAUCAACUAAACAGUAAACUACUACUAAGGAACCAAAAAAAUGAUUCGUUCAUAUUAGAAGAAAAGAAAAAUAUGAGUUAUAACUCAGGGUCAGAUAUAGAUUUGUCAUACUCAAAAAAUAAACUAACAAAGUGGGAUGAAGUGCAUGUGGAAAAAAGGGAGUUCAUUCAAGAAAAAAUUUUAUACGAGGAGCUAAAAAAUGAAGAAAAGUGGAGUAAGAAUCAGCAUUGUCGUGGAAGCAAUGGCAGUGUAUGCUGUGAUAAUGAAUGCAAUGUCAACACAGAUGAUAGCAAUGCAUGGUGUGAGUAUGACCGUAAUAAUAAGAAAGCAAAGACUAAGCACACGUCCAAAGGUAAUAGCAGAUCCAAAUAUAAGAUGCACAACAGUAAUGUCAAAUGUACCCUAAGCGAAUACAACAAUGAAACGUGCUUUGAAAGAGAAACAAAGAAGGAAAGAACAGAUCAAGUACAGAAUCAUGAAUGUGUACAGGAAAAAGAAGAAAAUAAUGAACCAGGAAAACAAGUAAGCAAUACUUGUAACGACACAAGAAAGGCUUGUAAAUACAGUCGUACUGAACGAGAAGGGGUAGGUAGCACAAGAGAAAUAAGCAGUGGGGUGGGAAUGCACAAAAGGGAAGAAGAGAAAAGAAGUGCAGUAAUUCCAUCCAGUGGGACUAAUGAGAAUAAUGAGAAUAAUGAGUAUAAUGAGAAUAAUGAGAAUAAUGAGAAUAAUGAGAAUAAUGAGUAUAAUGAGAAUAAUGAGAAUAAUGAGUAUAAUGAGAAUAAUGAGUAUAAUGAGAAUAAUGAGAAUAAUGAGAAUAAUGAGAAUAAUGAGAAUAAUGAGAAUAAUGAGAAUAAUGAGAAUAAUGAGAAUAAUGAGAAUAAUGAGAAUAAUGAGAAUAAUGAGAAUAAUGAGAAUAAUGAGAAUAAUGAGAAUAAUGAGAAUAAUGAGAAUAAUGAGAAUAAUGAGAAUAAUGAGAAUAAUGAGUGUAACAAGUAUAGUAAACAAGGAAGUAGAGACAGUGAUAAAAUUGGCAGCAGUGGUAGGAGCAAUCGCUUCAACCGGUGCAACGCAAUUGUAGAAAACUUACCUGAAAAAACAAAUACAUCGGAGAGGAAAAUAACUCAAAAGAACGUCCACAUGAACAAUGUCAUAUCAAUUUCGAAUUGGGAUGAAUACGAAGCGUGUGAAGGAAAUAAUAUGAAGGAAUUAGAAGGAAAGGAAGAAAUCAAAACAAAAGAGAAAAAAGAUGCAGCAGUUGUAACAGAAUUCUUCCUUGGUGAAAUGUUUUUAGCAGAAUUUCAAGAAAAAAUAAUAAAUAAUGUAAGUUAUAACUUAGUUAAUGAUAAAUAUAACCAUAUAGCAGAAACGAUAGUAGCGUUGAGGAAGCAGCGUGGACGUGGAUCCGCCAGGAACGAUGCAAGCGAUGCGAGCGGUGUGAAGGAAGUAAAUCGUGUGAAAAAAGUGAAUGAUGUAAAAGAAGUAGAUCGUGUAACCGACGUAAAUGAUGCAAAUGAUGCAAACCGUGUGAAUGAUGACCGCAUCACAUGUGCCAGCAUGCUCUUCGAGCUACUGAUGAACGAUAUGAAAGAACUCUUUCGUAUACUAAUAUACUGCAACAGAGAUGCAAAUAACUUGAACUACUUAAACAUGUUGAAAGAAGAGUAUGUUGGUGAAAUAGCCGAGUUGAAGAAAAAGGAAAAAAUGCUAAGUGAUAUAAAUGAGAGACAGACAAACCAACUGCUACAACUAUCAAAACAGUUCUCAUGUAUAAAGAAUGAUAUGGAUAUAUGUGACCAGGCAAAUUACUUAAAUGAAAAAAUUAAUUCUAUGGAUAAGGAUAUAAGAAGAUUACAAGUAGAAAAACAAAACAUGCACAAUAUGUUGGAAGACAAAAUAAUACAUAUGAAAAAAAAUUUUGAAUUAAAAUGUUAUAUAAGAUGCUUAGAGGAUACCUUAAGGAAACAAACAUGCACGUGUACAGAAUUAAAAAACGAAAUAAAAGUACUUGAAGAUAAAGUAAAUAUAUACUUCGAACGUUUGCAGCUUACAAAGCAAGAUGUUUAUAUGCACAAAACUGUAUUGCAUGACGUAAGAAAAAAGGAGAAAAAACUUACAAACCAUUUUAAGGUGUUUCUGCGCAGUUAUAGAAGCAAUCGGAUGCAGAAAGGAAUGUUAAAGUGGGGGGUAACCAAGUGGAGGUCGUCCAUGUGGAAGUCGACCAAGUUGAAUACGACGAAGGGGAAAACCCCUAAUAUACUAAUAGAGUUAUAUAAACUAAGGGAUGCUACCCCAAAUUACGCCCAACCUUUGAGCAAGGGAUGUACGUGUGAGCAGUACACCAAGUUAAGCAGCAGCAGCUUUAGGAACAACAAUCGAAGAACUAAUCUUCGAACUACACAGGAGUGUUCACUAAAAGACGAUGUAAAGGAAAGGAGUCCAACCAUAUGCAAAACAAACGAAAUGGUAAUUGUCAACAGUGAUGAUGAAUGCAUAACAAAGAAGGCCCCCCUUCCCACCAAAAAUGCUAAUAAUAAUAUAUCGAAAAAAGCUAAUCACAUGAACUCUAAUCUAUCAGACUAUGACAACCUUCAUAAGGAAGAACUUGUUAACAAAAUUAAUUAUUAUAAACUACUUUUACAAGAAUGUAAAUCUCUUUCAUUGAAGAAGCAGAGUAACACCAAUGAGCGACUGCGGGAAACCCAAAAAUUACUAUUACGUGAAAUUACACAAAAUGAAAUAAUCCAUAAGAAAUAUCGUAUUAUUUUAGAAAAAUUUAGAAAUAUGAACAAUCCUGAUGAUAAUUUUAUCAGUUAUGAUAAGAAACCUCCACGUGAUGAUGCAUCAUCAUUAAAAAUACAUGAUCUUUUGAACGAAAUAAUUUUUCUUUCACAAGAAAUUGAAAAACUUAAAGAAGAUCAACUCUUACUACAAGAAGAUGUAAAUAGGAAGAGCAAAAUCAUUUCCCAUUUGAUAAAGAAACACGCGCUGUCGGAAGAACACUUUCGGUUAGACAACCGGUUCAGCAUCUUUAACAAUAAACUAACGUACGAUGAGAUGAAAAAAAUAAUGGAGGAAACAUUAAUUGAAAAUAUUCGAUUGCGGACUGAUUUAAUGACCCUUGCAAAAAGUGUAAACUCGUAA